UCCGUAAUGGAUCCAGGUUGUCAAAAGCCGUCGGGUCUUGUUGGCAAGAAGACACUUACGGGUCUAUCCCAGAGGAGUUAGCCAUGCCAAUUGUGACCAGGAACCGGAAGUCAUGAGUCGUGAUCAAUACUCUUCCAAUGAUCUCCCCCAUCCCCAUGAUCCCCUACAGUGUCUUUGUGCUUGGGUGUGUCGCUCUUUGUGCCUGGAUGUCUCUAUGUACUCCCUGCGCAUCCCUUUCUCGAGGACCACAAUUACUAGUGUCUAUUCCAGCAAAAAGCACCAGGACUGGACUCAGGCAUCUAGCUGUACUCGGGAGACUGUCUGAUCUCUCCAAGAUUUCGACAGAUGGCGCCAACAGAACGUCACCGAUAGGAGAAGUCAAGUUGUCGGUAUAGGACUGGGUACUAGAUGGUGCG